UUGUUUCUGUUUUUAGGAAACAAAAUAAAAAUGAUGCACUGGAUAUUGUUAAUCUGCUUUGCAAGCUUAACACUUUCCUUGCCGCUUACUGAGAAACGAUCCCGGCGAACAAGAUCUGACAGCUAUGAAUCAUACACAGGCCUACAAGGAGCAAUGAUGCAACCUAUGCAACCUAUCUACAGAAGAAUUCCAAUCCCAAUGCCCUACCCAGUUUUCAGACCAAUAUUUGCUCCUCAGAGACCUUUCAUGCCACCAAUGUUUAUGCCACAACCAGCAAUUCCACAACCUCCUCCUCUACCACCUGUAAUUGUACCUCCACAGCCCAUACCACCUCCUCUUCCUCCUCCUUCGUUUCCCCCUGUUGUUGUGCCUCCCCAGCCUAUUCCACUUCCUCCUCCUCCUCCUCCUUUGCCUCCCAUUAUUAUUGCCCCAGAACCCAUUCCACCUCCUCUUCCUCCUGUUUUGCCACCUAUUAUCAUUCUGCCGGGUCCAGAAAAUGGACCUGUAGCAGGCCCAGAAUCAGGUGUUAUCCAGAGCUCAGGAGCAGGUGCUGCACCUUGCCCAGGUCCUUUUCCAGUAGAAAAACCAGUUCCUCCCAUUUCUAUCCCUAUACCAUUUCCAUUUCCAGUCCCUGAGCCAGUUCCUAUGCCUGAUCCUCCACCUUCUCCAUCUACUCCUCCUGUAUCACCAUCCUCACCAGUUAUCAUAAUUUCAACACCUGAUGACCCUAUACCCCGUGAAGCACCUCCAGUUAUAAUAGUACCACCUACUUUAGGUGGAUCUUUUGGAUCAGUGACAAAUGGAGGAUUUCCUGGUUCUUUUGAUGGGCAUGGUGGUAGCAAUGGUUUUGUAUUUGGAGGGGGGAGAUAUGAAAUUGGUGGGGCAGGAGGGGGUGGAUACGGAGGAGGUGGUGGAGGAUUUGGUGGUGGUGGAGCAGGAGGAGGUGCUGGUGGUGGAGGAUUUGGUGGUGGUGGAGCAGGAGGAGGUGCUGGUGGUGGUGGAAAUGGAGGUGGUGGUGGAGGAUAUGGCGGAGGUGGAAAUGGAGGAUAUGGUGGAGGGGGAGGAGGUGGUGGUGGAUAUGGUGGAGGUGGUGCUGGUGGUGGAGCUGGAGGUGGUAAUGGUGAAGGUGGAGGUUAUGGUGGGUAUGAUGGAGGUGAUGCUGGAGGAGCAGCAGGAGGAGGUGCAUAUAGUGGAAGUGGUAUAGGAGGAGAUGGAUAUAACAGUGGUGGAUAUGGAGGAGCUGGUGGUGCUGGAGGUAAUGGAUUUGGAGGAGGUUUUGCAGGUGAAAGUGGUGGAGGUGCUGGUGGUGGUGGAAUUAUUGGAGGGUGGUUUGGAGGUGGAAGAGCAGGAGCUAAUGGCUAUGGAAAUGAAGGAUAUGUAAAUUGGAACACAGGAUGGGGUACAGGUAAUGGUCAAGACAAAGAAGUUGCUCCACCAGUUUUUAUUUUUCCUUUUGCUGCUAAAAUUUCAUCUGUAACAGCAUCAGAUACUUUGUAA